UCUUAGUUACCAUAAAGACUCUGUUAUGGGGAUCUCACUGCACUUCUUCCCUUGGAUUGCUUUUCUCUUGUUGAGACAAUGUGAAAAUCAGGUCCAUGGGAAUUACACUCAGUCACAGGGCCAUCCAGCAUCAGAAAUUAUAAGCAGAGAACCUAAAAUGAAAUCAAACAGGGUGGAAAGAGUAUCAAAGUGUCACAUGUUAUCUCACAAAAAUCUCUGUUGGUCCAGUGGUAAAGGCUUUCAGGUCUUGAAAUCAGCAUCACACUACUGGCCCUUAGAAGUGGUGAAUGGGAUCCAUGAGUUACCUAGUAAUGACAGGAGCGGUUCUGGUAAUGAAAGUGAUAAAACAGUCAUCAUCCACAACUCAAUUGUGCUUCCUUAUCCUAAUGCGUCCUUAGGCAAUAGCAAUGACUCUGCCUACUCUAACUUUUCUGCGACUGUAGAUAUUGUAGAAGGCACGGUCAAUCAUGGCAUUGUCCUCAAUGAGCUGAGAGGAGUUACUUUGCUAUACUUCGGAAGUUCUAAGAACUCUUGUAUUAGUGAUCCAAGUAUAUGUGGGCCUGAAGGUGUCUCGUUCUCAUUCUUUUGGAAAAUUCAGGACCAACAACAAAAGAAACAACGAGCUAGCUAUAGCCUCAAUACUCAACAUACAUCUUCUCAAAACAGAGCCAAUAAAGCCCGACAAGCACAGGCUUUUGGGAAAAAAGUAACUUCUCAUGGAUUUGAAAUCUAUUCAGAUGAGCAUGAUGGUUAUGUGGAAGUUUACACUCGUGGUAACUCAAAGGUGUGGAAAGCAAGCAUUAAAGCCCCAGGUCCCUAUUGGACACAUGUCCUGUUUACCUGGACUUCCAGUGAAGGCCUGAAGGUUUAUGUCAAUGGCACGUUCAAUGCCAGUGAUUCCCGAGGUCAGGUUUCCCAAAGUUAUGGGGAUAGUAAUGACAGCUUAGUUGUGGGAACAAACAGUGAUGCUUCGAAACAGUAUGUGAAUGGCGUGUUUGAUGAGUUCAUCAUAUGGGAAAGAGCGCUCAACCCAAUUGAGAUCCAACACUAUUUUUCAGCUGCCACUGGGGAUGAAACAUUUGGUACUGCAACGAUAUCCAGUGCUCCCGGCACAUCACACCCGACGGUCUCUACAGAUGCCUAUGAUCCUAUUAUAACAAAUCUGACCGAUGACAGAGGAAGAUCUUUCCAUUCCCUGCCUGUCUUCAGCUACUUGGAAGUUGUCUCACAGACCCUGCCCAAUAAAUCCUUGACAAAGGACACAGCAGGCAACUUGACUCAGGCCUUCCUAAAAACAGUGGGAGAAGUCAUCACUUUACCUACCUGGAGUGAGACAUCAACAGCUUACCCUGAUGUUGGAGGAAUCAUUGAUACCGUUGAUAAAGUUAUGGGGCAUAUGGCAAAAAACCUCCUGGAUAACCCAUCUGAUAUUGUUACCCUGGAAGGCAGCUCAUCGGUAGCAGAUUACGCCAUGGUGAAGGUGCCACAGAUGUUAACCUUACCCCACUACCGGUUCCCUUCUGAAGGGCAGUCAUACAUCUCUGUUCCUGGAGAAGCAUUUAUGAUCAAAUCACGAACGACUAUCGUUGGCUUGCUGUACCAUACUAUGCAUCACCACUACAGGCAGAUUAAGCCGAGUGACACCAGAAUUGCAGAGGCCACUCAAUUCAAGGAUCAUAUGAUUUCAGCAGCCAGUUACAUCAUCUCUUUGAAGGUAGAGCCACCUCCAUAUCUGUGUCCAAACCUAUCUGGGUCACCACUUAUUACAAUUCAGCUAACACACAUAUUGACUCCUCGACUCUAUGUGGAAGCCGUCAACAAUAGUAACUAUGUACACUUGUACUGUGCCUUUCUGGAUUUCAGCUCUGGUGCAGGUAUUUGGUCCAGUGAAGGAUGUAUUCGUGUAGAAGGGAACUUGAAUUACAGUGUUUGUCGCUGCAAUCAUCUCACUAACUUUGCCAUUCUAAUGCAGGUUGUUCCAGUCACGCUCUCCAAUACCCACAAGGUGGCGCUGUCCUCCAUCAGUUACAUUGGUUGUUCUCUGUCUAUUUUCUGCCUGGCAAUUACACUGGUCACAUUUGCUAUACUUUCCUCAGUGAGCACAAUCCGAAAUCAACGGUAUCAUAUCCACGCUAACCUCUCAUUCGCAAUAUUGGUUGCACAGAUCCUGCUCCUUAUCAGCUUUUCCUUUGUGCCUGGAACGUUACCAUGCAAAAUUAUUGCAAUCCUGCUGCAUUUCUUCUUCCUUAGUGCAUUUGCGUGGAUGCUUGUAGAAGGUCUGCACCUCUACAGUAUGGUUAUCAAAGUGUUCGGGUCGGAAGAGAGCAAGCACCUGUACUAUUAUGGAAUUGGAUGGGGUUCUCCCUUGGUUAUCUGCAUUGUGUCUGCAACAUCUGCUCUGGACAGCUAUGGAGUUGGAGAAAAUUGCUGGUUGUCUCUACAGAAAGGAGCAAUAUGGGCAUUUGUGGCACCUGCAUUGUUUGUCAUAGUGGUAAAUAUUGGUAUCCUCAUUGCAGUAACCAGGAUCAUCUCCAGAAUUAGUGCUGAUAACUACAAGGUCCACAGAGAUGCCAAUGCUUUCAAAUUAACAGCUAAAGCUGUUGCGGUGCUCCUGCCAAUCCUGGGAAGCUCUUGGAUAUUUGGAGUCCUUGCUGUCAAUGAACAGUCAAUAGUGUUUCAAUAUAUGUUUGCUGUCUUCAAUUCUUUGCAGGGAUUUUUCAUCUUUCUAUUCCAUUGCCUUCUCAAUUCAGAGGUGAGAGCAGCUUUCAAGCACAAAACAAAGGUGUGGUCCCUUACUAGUAGCUCCAUUCGUAACAUCAAUGUAAAGCCUUUUAAUUCAGAUGUUAUGAAUGGGAAUCGAGCCAAUACAUCUCCAACCAAGAUGAAUACAUGGGACAAAAGCAGCAAUUCAGCCAACAGAAUUGACUUGUCUGCUGUCUGAUUAUGAGAGAGUUUUACCGCCAACAAAGAAAUCACUGGAGGCCUUCGUGUACAUAAGUUUGUCUUUCCCUAAUUCAGCUGAAGGUGGCUUCUCUUUAAUAAUACUAAGACGUUUCCACCAUGUUUUACUACAGGGAUGGUUUUGCUUUUUAGCCUGAAGAAACCAAUUUGUCUUGAAGCAUACAACUACAAAGACUCAACUCCAAAUAAACGUUGUUCAUUGUUGGCAGUAAGCGUCAAGAUGCCUUAGAGACCAUCUUCUCCUAAAUAUCUAAAAACAUCAAGGAAGAAAGUAAUGUUAUAUUGUGCAAUAGACUGCAUUCCUAAACCAACUACUGCAGGAUUAUUGUGUGACAGUGAAAGACAGUUCAGAGCCUUUCCUGACAAAUCUAUCACACAUAAAGCAGUUCUUUUAUAGACUUUAUAAUGAAGCGCUGUUUUGUUUAUCUGCUCACUGCUGACUUUCUUCUUUAUCAUUCUUAUUUAUGAAACACAUAUUGAUGGACAGGUAACACACACGAUCUAUAUUGUAACAUGAAUAGAGAUACAUUCAGUGUGUAGUUAAUUGUGUGAUUAAGAUGGCACCUUGAUAGUCAACACUUAGACCUUUACCAAGGGCAUCUUUCUGAGAACAAAUACUUCUUACCUGCUGUUCUCCAAUUCCACAAUAGUUAUGGUUCAGAAACAGUGAAGCCUAGAGGAUUACUGCUGGUUUGCUUUGUAAAGGAGGAAAAUUAUAUUGACAAAUGCAGUCAAAUUGACCAAACUGUACGUAAGCUUUGCCGUACAUUCUGUUGAACCUUCUUUUAUUGCAGGUUUUGGUCAUUUUAACUGCAGCAAUAAAUUAUUUUAGUUGCUUUUAUGCACUAACAAUUUCAAGAAAAGAAUAGCGAGAUAACAGUCUUAACAGUAAAUCAUGGAGCUGUUGUGGGGAUAUGUCACAGAGAUUUUAAAGGGGUUUAGGGGUCUGAUUUAAUGUCAAAUACUCUAAGAAUUUUUUUAGUUUAUAUAGGGAUGGAAAGAGACUACAAAGAUAAUAGGGGAAAUUUACUAAGACUGACAUAUCACAUGCCGUUCUUAUGUAAGGUCUCACUUCCGUUCAUUUCAGCAGAUUUUUUGAAGGUGCCACCCUAUACCUCACAGUGACAUCUACACUAUCUCCGAGCUGGUGUAGAUUUCAGCUGGGAUUUACUCCAGAGCACUGGCAUAAAUCAUAGUAAAUUUAACAGGCCACUAUGGUCACACCUUUAACCUGAUUUUUUUUCUAAAGUGGCGAGGUCAGUGUUCAAUUUUUUUGUGCAAC